AUGGCCGAAGAAAAUGGGGUAUCUCAACAGGAUGACACUAUUUCUGUGUCGACCACGCAUCUUGGGAAGCGCAAGCGCACGGUCUCUCCAGACCCUGCAAAAUCGCCAACAAAAGUAAAAGAUUCACCUUUGCAGGCCGCUCUGCAAGAAGUCCUGCGAACACUUCGCAAACAUGAUUCUACACCCUCGUUGCUGAAUUAUCCGUUACCGUCGACUGUGGAAGCCCAUGAUCCGAAACGAGCGCGCCUUGCGAAGACUGAUUCGCAGAACGACACGAUCGAAAGUCGAAUUCUUGCAGGAACAUACUCUUCCUUUCAUGCGCUCCUGGAAGAUUUGAACACUGUCAAAGACGCUAUCAUCAAAGACCUAUCCGAACCAAGUACGAACGGCACAACUCAAACCUCCAGCCCACCUAAACCGGGCAUCUCGGACAGACUAACCAACAUGGUGAAACUUGUUUCCAUGCUCGAUAAUGAAGCAUCCAAAGGCUCCGAGGCAGCUACUACAACCCCCGAGGGCGAAGAUCUAGCGAAGACCGACCUUCCCGGCAUCCGAUCCCGACAUGUUCUCUCCCUACGAAGCCAGGUCAACGGAGGUGCUCACUUACUGUAUUCAGGUCUUGAGACCGGUCAGCUCGCCGAGGAAGUUGACGUCGAUACGACACCUGAGGUCGACGGGGUGACUUUGCCCAAUGGGUUCGAGCUGACUGACUUUGCGGAUUUGGGAGGGGAUGGGAAGCAACAAAGUCAAGAAAAGCGACUGUUUGGCACCGUCUUCCGUCCGUCGAGUCGAUUAAAACCCUUGGAAACCCCACGCCCGCCCAAGACUACUGUCCGAGGAGGUACUCUGGACUUUAUCCCAUACUGGGCCCAGAUUGAAAAAGACCCUCGAUUCCCGCAAGAUUACAGGUUUGCCAGACUUCCUACGGGGUCAUGGUUGAGCUAUGGAGGUAGCGGCACUUCGGAGCAACAUGACCAGAAACGCUCGCGACAGCUUUCUGUAGCGAAUGACUUCAAGGCAGCGCUUGAGGGAAAUGACGUGCAACAGCGAAGUAACGUCAACGCGGAUGCAUUGUACGCCUCAGUUUAUUCAUCAUUCGCACCCUGUUACGACAAUUCAGUUUCCAUAUACUCUGAAAAGGAGAGAGCCCGGCAUUGGUACCGCAAAUACGGUGAACAGAAGCUAUCUAGGAUUUUUAGGGUUUCUGGUUCAGUAGAUUCGACCGAAGACGCAGCCACCGCAGAAGAAGAAAAGUUGGACAACUUUGAAGAGGCUGUGGCAAAUUAUGAACCAGUACAGGAAGAGGAAGCUUUCCCCGUUCAGAAGGAGCCUGAGGAUGUUGACGAUCUUCUGCAGCAAGUGUCGGAAUUGCUCGAAACCUUGGCUUCUUACCAAAAGAACCGCAGCCUCGAACCGGUUGUAUCUGGGAGCGUUCCGAAACCGACCGAGCCCGAGAUUGACAUGUUUGAAGUGCUCAAAAGUCAACUGAGGAUCCUCGUUUCGACGUUGCCACCGUUUGCCGUCGCGAAACUGGACGGAGAUCAGCUAGAAGCUCUGAACAUUUCGACCACCCUACUUGUCGAACCGCCGGAUUAUCCAGGGACAAGUCAGGUCGAGGACCAUACAUUGCGUCGUCAGAAGGUGCCCCAGCAAGCCCCCUCGGCGGCCAGCCGUCCCACGGUAACUCCUCAGCUUCGGCCCAACUAUGGACAAGCCCCAGUGAGUACGGGCGGGUACAAUACCCAAGUUCGGAAUUACAAUGCUGUGCCUGCAACGGCGGGAUAUGGCAUGAGAGGCUCUUACCAAACACCGACCGUGCCACGGCCCGCCUACUCACAGACACCCUACCAGCAGUCCGGCAACCCAUAUCCAUCUCGUCCCACUAUCCAACAAUUCCAGCGACCUGUGCAGAACGGCUAUGGAAACUAUGGAGGCACCCCUGUCCAAGCACAGACUCCGGGUUUCGUGCAGCGGCCAGGUCAACCGGGUUACCAGCAACGUCCCCAGGACAAUUCCAUGGCGAAUGUACCACGAGCAGCCUCGCCACAGAAGCCGAUCGUCAAUGGACAACUUUAUGCCCCAAGACAAUAUCCCGGUCAGCAGGCUCAGUCGCCUUACCCGUUCCAGAGGCAAGGGUCCGGGACGCCUGGCACACCUGGUGUCCUUCCGCAGGUGGGCACCCCGUACGGACGAUACGACGGAGGUGCAGCACAGGUCAGGACGGCGGGAGGGGGCUCUGUUCCGCCCGCGAAUCAGGCUCAGGUUCAGGCUCCGAUGCCAGCCCAGACUGUGGAGGGUCCUCGUUGA